UAAAGUCCGUUUUGAAGUCAGUAUGUGAUUUUCCAUGAUCUCGUUGUGUAUCAUCUGCAUAUUAAUUCGAUAAAAGUUUAUAUUUGGGGUUUCCUUUGUGUUAAAAAAGUAUAUGGAAGAGAGAGAAAGGAGUGAACUUCAAGCACUUUGCUUGGAGUUUGGUGUUCCCGAGCUGUUUCAAGAAUUUGUAGAAAAGCACGUCACUGUGGCUCGGUUGAAGGAAGCUGAUGAAAAAGACAUCGAAGUCCUUCUUCCUUCUCAUGGUAGCCGGAUAACUUUUAAGCGAAAGUGGAGAGAGUGGAAAGACAUUGUGGGUUCCUCAACACCAAGCGCUGCAAAAACCGCCCCACGAAAAACGUGGUUCUCUUUUCAUUUAGAUGAUAUUGUGCAAUAUCCAGAAUGGGAUAGGGUACAAAAGUACUAUUCUCAUAAUGGAUGUCUUGAUGAUAGACACAGGGAUAUCCUGAUUUCCAUUAUAAUUCAGUAUGGAAACGAUCACAACAUUUUGCUUUCCUGCAAAAUAAUGAAGACUAUUUCCGAAGAAAUUGAAGAGCACUUCCCUACUGAAGAAAAAGGGCAUUAUUUCCAGCCAAAAAAUAAUAUGAGAAAAUCUUACGGUGGACGAUUGUAUAACAAAUACGCUAACGUGAAGCGUGCUCAGAAGAGGAUGAAGCGUACUCAUGAUGAUGAUCACAGCGCAGAAGUUGUAGAGGGUUCAAACUCAGCAGAAAACAACCAAGAUCUUCCAAACAUGAAAGAAUGGUUGAAGACAAUGGUAUCUGAAGAAAUGUCUGUGAAUGUCAGGGAGAUUUGGAAACUAACUUUUUCCCUCCGGAAAGAAGAUUUAUUCAACGGAACAACCGACGAUAUCUUGCAGAAAUGGCCUCUGUAUGGCCAUGAGAAUGGAAAAUCUUUAGUAAUAUUAAGAGUUUUCAUUUUUUUUCUUCAAAUUAAUUUAUUUUAAUUU